AUGCAAUAUCUAAUUCUUCUUCCCACAAUGUCACUAUAUAGGCAACCGUUUCUUCUUCUUCUUCUUCUUCUUCUUCUUCUUCUACUUAUGCUUCUUCUUCUUCUUCUUCUUCUCUAUAUGUCUUUCUUGCUUUUCAACAGCCGUCUUUUUCUUUUCUUCUCUUCUUCUUCCCUGUCUUCUUUCUCUUCUUCUUCUUCUUCUUCUUCUUCUUCUUCUUCUUCUUCUUCUUCUUCUUCUAUCAUAAUACUUUUGAUAUUCUCUCUCCCUAUCUCUCUCUCUUUAGACAGCCGCCGCCACCUAUUCUUCUUCUUCUUUUUCUUUUCUUCUCUUUCUUCUUCAUCUCUUGUGGUUGCUGUUGUUGUUGUUGUUAUUGUUGUUGUUCUUGUUCUUGUUCUUCUUUUUCUUUUCUCCUCUUUCUUCUUCUUCUUCUUCUUCUCUUGCUUCUUCUUCUUCCUUCUCCUCUUCUUUUCUUCUUCUUGUCUUGCUUCUUCUUUUUCUUCUUCUUCUUCUUCGUCUCUUGCUUCUUCCUCUUCUUCUUUUCUUCUUCUCUUGCUUCUUCUUCUCUUCGUCCUCCUCCUCCUCCUUCUUCUUCUUCUUCCAUUCAUAAUUUCCUUUCUUUUAUGCCUCUCACUUUAUCCAGUAUUUCUUCUUCUUCUUCUUCUUUCAUCAUCAUCAUAUUCUUAUUCUUUUUUCUUUCUUUCUUUCUUCCUUUUUCUUUCUUUCUUUCUUUCUUUCUUACUCCAGCCUUUAUUGCAUUUAUUUGUUGUUAAAUCAUUUCUCCUUUCAUUCCCCUCACCCGAUGUUCCGACUUCUUUUCCUGCAUCGAUUUUCCUUUUCCUCCUCUUCAUUUAA